UGUGUGCACGGUAUUCUCAUGAAGUUGUCGACAUGUUAUGAAGUUUACUCCUAUUCUGUGCCUUUCCUGUAGUCACAGACCAUUUUCAGGCUGUGUCUGAGAGGCUGUGGUUAUGCCAGGGGAAAAAGUGCACCCAUUGGAUCCACUAGCUAGCAGCUGCUUCCAUAGGCAUGUGUGUUAAUCAUAGCUGUAGCCAGCUGAUUUGGAUGCAGCCUUUUCUGUAGCACUUAGACUUUUCACUGUGGACUGUUACUUUUUUGUUCUCUGAUAUUCUUGGGCAGUCUGCACAAGAAUGGAAGAUAAACUUAAUCCCCAUCACAUUGACAGUACUUCAUUGACAACAGAAGUGGCAGUGGACGCUACCACGGAAGCCUGCCUGGCCUCAGCAGCUCUUGCAGCUCUCUCUAUGUCACUCCCAUCCUCCAUGAAUGACCCAGAGAUUCAGUCACCAGGUGUGGAAUGCCGACCUGACACCAGUGCCCUCAUGACAUCCACCCCGGCUGGUGCCCUGAUGGGGCGGCCCAGGACUUUGCCUGGGCAGCUGCAGGCCACACUAGGCACUGGGGGUAACAACAGCAGCAGUGGUGGCGGCAGUGACAGCAGCAGCCCCAGGGCGUCUGGGUGUCGAGCUGACAGCCUGAGCAUAGGCACGUGUGUGAGCUUGGCCGUAGAAGACCCGGGUGGGGAAGAGACGAAUCUAAGGGCACCCAUUGUUGGCUAUGAAAUUAUGGAACAGAGGGCCAAAUUUACGGUUUUCAAGAUCCAUGUCCAAAAGUCCGACCAGGAGCAUUGGUUGCUGUUUCGCAGGUACACAGAUUUUGUGCGAGUCAACAACAAGUUGAGAGAGAUCUUCCCAAUCUUCAGACUAGCCUUGCCUCCCAAGAGGUGGUUCGGAAGCAACUUUGACCUUAACUUUCUGGAAGACAGACAGCUGGGCCUGCAGGCUUUCAUCGAUAACAUCAUCAGUCACAAGGACAUCGUGCUCAGUGGGCCAGUGAGGGAGUUCCUAUGUCUAGACGAUCCCCCAGGUCCCCACGACAACUUGGAGGAGAGCAGGGCUUUGUGCGAGUCUUUGGAUGAAACUGUGUACAGUCUUCGCUUAGAGCUAGCCGAACGAGACCGGCAAAUUGCUGCCCUGAACACAAAGGUGGAAGCCUGUGAAGAGCGCAUCAGGCACCUACUCAACAGUCAGCUAGAGAAUGGUAAUGACCGGAGUAAAGCUGAAAACUCCUCAUCUCCGGUGUCGGCUGACCGCUUGACCAUCGAGGUAGACCUACAUUCCCAAGCAGAGGCCGAUCAGUCGCUGUCGUUCCCGCAAACUGAAGCUCAGCACAGCAGUUUGCACGGUCCAGAUGCAGAGGUCAGCGGGGGUUCGGCAUCAGCCAAUGACACAGAAAGCGAGCCUUCAUUGACACCACAUAAGGGUACCAGCUUCAAACAGGGUUCAAUUACAGAAGACGGGGAAAUAAGAAGCCACACUGAGUCCAGUGUCAUUACAGUCACGUAGCCGAGAAGAGGAGUCAUUCCUAACAAAUAGGUAUAUCUUGAGACCUUUGUCUGACAGCUCCAAAGGAGAUGAGCGAGAUGUGCUUGUGAUGGGCAGUAGACCGUACAAACCCUACCUAUAAACCUAAACUGUUUCGUCAUUACAAGCCAUGAUUGGGAAAAAACUGAAAUGUCUUCCAAGAAAGGCCCUUAACAGAAUGGGAAUGGAUCACAAAAAUAAAAUCAUCUGGGCUGCUUUCAGUCCCCGAUAAUCUUUUUUCUGAGAAGAAAUUUCUAAGUUGUCAAGCGUGCAGAGAAAUGUUAUUUACUGUGUGACAUUUCAUGGAAAAGCAUGCAUUAGUGACAGUUGACGGAGAGAUUGAGAAAUGCAAACUUUCUAAAUUUUUUUUUACCCACCAACUUAAGUAAGCACUGUAAACUCAGUGCUAUCAAAGGUUGCUUGGACAAAAUCUACAAGCAUGCACAUGCUGUACUCGAACUCAUAUCUUCCACCUGUCUAGAGCGGAAGUCAUAUCCAGGGGUCUGCCCCCUCAAAAUCUUUUCGCAUAUCUGGAAUUUUUUUACCCCCAAAUUGCAGAUUUUGAGAUGUGUGAUUAUUCAGGUUUUGCUAUUUUUUAUGUUUUUCAAAAUGAAAUAAAGUUCAAGAUUCUGGCUCACAGAACCAUUUGGAAGAGAACUUGUGUCAGCUGUAAUAAGCUGUCAAAAGCCUCCUCUGCUGAAGCUACUCUUUGGGUCAGUUGGUAAGCCCAACAAAGAUGCACCUCUGUGCCACAGUAUACAAACAAUGAAUGUUUCAGAAUGCGAUGGUAAGAGUAAUUGCAUGAGGUGACAGAGGAAAUGGUCCAUUCCAUGAGGCGAAGCUGAGUGGAAUAGACCGUUUCAUCUCUCACCGAAUACAGUUAUUCUUACCAUCACACAAAUGCGAAACAUUCAUUAUUUGAUUUGUACAACACCUGAAUAAAUCCUGGUCAUUUGAUUUUCUGAGUACAGCUGGAUUAAUUAACUGAUUCAAACCGGAAGUUGUCCAGUUGUGAAUCCGUGAAUUUUCCAACGUGAUAUUCCGAGCUCAUUUAAUCUGUUUCCUUAUAUUGGCAGCAUCAGCGUUGCUUACAACAACAAGUUCUUAUAAUUAUUUCGUAGCAUUGUGAACAGUGGAACUUGAUCAUCCAUCAUUUUGACAUAAAGAAACUUGCGCCACUAGAAGCUGCAGUGCAAUCAACCCGGAGGUGUUCGUUCUUCGUUUCUAACGCACAGUUUUUAAUAAAUUUUUUGCACUCUGCGUGCACGUGCUGUGUGUUGGUACCAACAAUUCAAUGCCAUGUGAUCAGGGAUCACCAAUCAGAUGACGGGGAUUUAUGCAGGUGAUGUAUACUGUGCACUGCACCAACCAUCCCUCAGAGGAAUAUCAGGUUGCAUUUUGCCUCACUGUUUCAUGUGCACACUGGUGCAGUAAACCAGCUGUGGUGAACAGGGCUGCACAAAAGAGCCUUUAUCAUUUUGAGCUGGCAACCAACUGUAUACGUAUUGAAGCUGUGCAUAUUUGUGUUCUAUGUAGAGAAACACAUGGAAAACGGUGACUGUUGGCAUUUGUGCAUAUUUGUGCCGUUAAACCAUACAGUAGGAGGAUCGGAGGGGCCUGACAAUUCAUGAUAUUUUAGCCCUGCAGUUGUUGCCAUUUCUGCUGUGGAUGUUCUAUGAAUUUCUCUUCAUCCUCCAAAUGUCAUCCCCGUUUAUCACUUGACCCAUCAACCUUGCCAGGGUUGAAUCUGCCGUAGCAGUACAUGUAGGUACAGCAAUCAGUGGAUCUGUGGAAUUUUUUUGGGGGGAGGGGUUGGUAACUGUUCAAAAACUCUGUGCCAACAAUGCAAAUAUCGCAGCACGGUGCAACCAGAAAUGGAAAGAAUCUCUGGUAUGAUAAGAGAUUUAGUUGAAAAAACAAAGAUCGCAUAUUAUUUCUGGAAAUUACCAUCACUGAAUUUGCAGUUAUGUCUCAUUUUCAUUAACAUGGCUUCAAAAUAAGGACAAAUUUUGAUUUAUGCUAUUAAUGUCACUUGUGUUCAAAAUUUGAAUGUGUAAACAGGGUCAUGGCAGUCAGUAAUUUAACAAUCAUUUUGGGCCAGUUGCAGGGUUCAAUAGGACUAUGGCCAUUGCAGCCUCCCAUAGUUGUGGUGUAGUGUGCCCUGUCCAUGUUGAGACCAGAUACUCCGUACUGUUUUGAGAUGUUAUGGUUACUCACUGAGGUUAAAGUUUUACUUCGAUAAUUGUGUUAGUUACUGCUAAUAAUUUUCAGGGUCUGUCAGUAUUAUGGGAAUGUAACUAACGGAUUUUAAUGGUACAUUGUGGAGGAAAUGAGAGAUGGGGUGGCAUGAUUGUCCGAGUGUCUGGUUUUGGUAGACCAAUUCAAGCAUAACAGCAGUGUUACAGCCAUGCAUUGAAAGAGUUGCAACAUGAGUCCAUGUGUGACAUGGUGCAUGAUUCCAUUUUGUGUCUAAAAUGAUGGGAUGGUGUGCAUAUUAGGUUGCGUCAAUCAAUCGUAACAUCAGGCCUGUCCCUGAAAGGGGACCUGGAGGGGCUUCCCCCUUCCCCCCGGCAAGUAGCUGUGCCUCCCCCUCCCAACCAUCUCGCAAAUACCAUAAGAAUCAAAAUUAUCUAUUGUUCUUCUGAUAAGCCCUGAGCUGGAACUAUGGCUUGCCCCCCCCAUGCCCAGAGCUGGCAAUGGAGCUGCAUAAAAAAGAUGUCAAGUACUGGCCUUCAAUGUGACAUGACAAGUGACAACUCGAGGAUUGUUUUGUGAGUUGACAUGCAUUCGGACUUGGAGCCAAAAUGGCUUUAUCUGUCCGGUUAUUGGUUGUCAGUCAGGGAUGAUUAUGUCUCAUGAAGGACCCCAUGACAAUGGAUGUGGUAGGGUCACUGAAAUAAUAAGGCGAAAUAGAGGCCACGCCGCCCUAGAUUCGCAACUUUACAAUAAAACUAGAAUGUUAAGAAUUAGAUUUUAACAACGAAAUGGACGAGUUGGUUUACCGGUCGGGCUUAACUAUGAAGAACUCAUUGUGAAGAACUCACUCUGAGUGGCUCUCCUUAUGGAGAAAAAGGGUCUGUUGAUACAUGCACUAUAACCGUACGAGUACUGAUUUUUUUGUUUUUCAAGUUCUCCUAAACAUGUGACCCAUCAUUGAUCUUUCCCAAACCUGGCUGAGUAAUCAUAAGUGGUUAUUUAGAAAAUUAGGUUAUUUAGAAAAUGAGGCCAAUAUACACAUGAUCAGUACAAAAGUCUGCAACUUCCCUUGUCUUGGCGGGAGAGGAGUUGUCAGACAUCAAAAUUACCCACUUCAGCCUGGUUUGGAAAUGGCGAGUCAUGUCGGUUGAAAUUAAAGACAACGCGAGACAGAAACAAAUAUCGGUGAAGCAACAAAGCAGUAAAAUGCAACCAUGUAAUGUUGACAUGUUGAAAUGACUUUAAGUGCCUGUGAACCCUUCAAGGGUCAUGCAAUUUGAAAUUAUAUUUUCUGUUUCUAAGAGUUGUGACUAGCUGUAUAUAUUUGAAAACGUCUUGCCUUUUGAUUCUGCGAUUCCUUUAGAAGCCACUUGCAAAUUAAGCCAGGUUAACUAUUAUGAUUAAUCUGUUCCUCAGAAGUACUGAAGCCUAGCUAGUUUUUUUUAUUGCAUUGCACAAGAGAAGGGCAGCUAUCAACAGUUGAGGUAAGCAGAAGAAUUAAUUUUCAUUGUAUCUAGAUUGAUAUUGUCUGGCACAGUACAAGUCGGAAAUACCUUUAGCCAGAUUCUUGAUUGAAACAAUUGUGUGAAACAGACAAAGCUUUGCAGGUUUGCGUGGUUUGUAGCUUAUUUUUUUUUUCGUGAUUUAUAUGUGUAACUGUUAAACUUGUAAAUAAAGGGAAGAUCCCAGACACAAGAUGGGAGGUGGCUAUUUUGUGACUGAAGCACCUUUGGUUUCAGCGUGAACAGCAUGGAAUCCACCCUUAGCAAACUUAGUAGAAUUGGUGCUUAAAAAGAUAGCUGUGCUUUCUUUGUUUAGCAUCCUGAAAGGAUUAAAUGUUGAACACUGUGUGCAAAAGUGUUUUUGUAUAAAUGAGUAUAGAAAUUUUCGUAAGCAAUUUACAUUUGAUGGGCUUGAUGAAUUAAGUAUGUUUUGUAACAGUACCUAGAUCAGCAUAUGAGUAAUCACAUUUUGCUCAAUCCUAAAUCUGACUCCUGCCUCAACUGGUUUAAUAGUUUCAGGUAAGCCCAGCUAAAGUGUACUUGAUGUGAGCCUUAAUGCUCCAGUUUUGUUUACGUAUAAGUAUUGUUGCCUUUGUCACUAUGCAUUGUUUGAUUUUGGGUUGGCUCAGAACAUUUCCUGGGAAAAAGCCUACUAUUUUGUUAAACAAAUUUGAUUCAGGUGGCAACUACAGUGGUUUUUCAUUUUAAACACCCUUUCUUAACUACUAGGACCACUAUUUUAUUUUUUGGCAGGGGGAAAUUUCAGUUUUUCUAAAAAAGCAAGACAGAGCAGCCAACAUUUUUUACAACGCCACAGAGAUUGACCCAUUACAGUCAUUUGAAAAUGUCUGUCCAAUAUUUCUUACUGUAACAAUAUUUCCCACAACAAGCUGUACAUAGCAACAAGGAGCAUUUAGUUUCACGUCAAGGUUCUAGAGCCUGGGUAGUUCCUGCCUGAAACCCUUCAAAAUCCUUUGAAACCCAGUGGAUUUUGAGGGAUCUGGGAAGGUCAGGGUCGAACAAGUAUGCUAUAUCACAUUCUUUGUGUUUAUUCAUGCAAUGCAAUGUAAAAUUCUCAACUAUUACUUAUUUGUAGGGUCUGUUUGUUUCACAUGGAUUCGGAUUGCUAUCAGUGAUAUGUCAUUGGUUCACUGACCCCAGAACUCACCUAAUGGUUAGUGCGAACCAGCCCUGGGAUCAUUGAUGGCAAUUUAGAUCUGUGUGAAGCAUACAGGCUUUAAGUCUUGCAAAAGGCACAAAGGGCUGGUUGCAAAGAAAGAUGCAUGUUCCUGAAGUUUCUUUUUAACAUGUACACUAGGUGACGGAAUCAUUCCUAUGGUGACGAAACUGAACAUUUUCACCGCGGUGCAAUUGUAGUGUUACUUCCUGUGAAAUUUGUAUUUUUGUUCAAGAUAAAUUUUUGCCCAAAUUAUACAAACGGGCAAAUUCUGAACUACAAAUAAUAAUGUGGCGUGCCUCGCAAAAGUUGUUUCGUUUUUGACAAAGCAAGCAAAGCUGGGUAUUUCUUAAAUAUUUUCUAUGUGUAUAAAUUGGGUUCCAAGUUUCGAGGCUUUGCUUCUUUACUUUUCCCAAAUGCCAUACAGUUUGUUACAUUUUGUUCGCACAAGACAUUAACACUUUAACACUCUUUGUUUUAAUGAUUGGGAAAAUCUGUUUACAUUUCAUGUACUUAACUUUAUCUUCUGUUUUAGAGAAAGACACUUAAUUGCCAUUUUUUUAGAGGUCAAUUCUGCGGUCUUGUGUUCACAAACAACUUUCAGAGCCAGCGACGCUUUAACUUUCUGGUUAUAACGGCACUAUGUACUAUAUUCUUCAGGAAUACCCUAAGUGGUCUUGUAGUUCAAAAUCUUACAUGGGAGUGUUUGUACUAAAAUGCUACAAUUUUUACAAUGUUAACUGGAAUCAAAACAGAGCUGAUGAAUAAAUAAUCCAUAUUUUCUCAUUUAAAUGGUGUUUCUGAUGUUGAUGUGCUUCACUCCCAGUAAUGUGUUUACAUACGGUCUGACAUCCCAUAGAUGUUUUGUUGUAUGCCCUGGGCAUUGGGUUGCCUUUGCAAUGGAAACUCAGUCCUUUGGGCAUUGUCCGUUCUCUUAUCUGUCAUUGU